CAGUGAAGGACUUGGGGAAGCAUAUGAUGGGGACAUUGCUUUUGCUAGUGCCCUAGAAACUUUUGGCGGGGGGCAUAAUGAUCCAAUUAGUGUGGCUUUUGGAGGCCCUGUUAUGACCAAAUUUACGAUAGCACUGAGAGAAAUUGGGACAUACAAGGAAGUUCUUCGAUCUCAGGUUGAGCUUAUGCUAAAUGACAGACUGUUACAAUUUGUGAAUAUUGAUUUGCAUGAGGUCAAGGAGGCCCGGAAACGUUUUGACAAGGCUAGCCUUAUUUAUGACCAGGCUCGCGAGAAAUUUCUCUCAUUGAGAAAAGGCACAAAGAACGAUGUAGCUUCCAUGCUAGAGGAGGAACUUCAUAAUGCAAGGUCUACGUUUGAGCAAGCUCGUUUUAGUCUGGUGACUGCUCUUUCUAAUGUUGAAGCAAAAAAGAGGUUUGAAUUUCUGGAAGCAGUCAGUGGAACAAUGGAUGCACAUCUUCGUUACUUCAAACAGGGUUAUGAGUUGUUGCAUCAAAUGGAGCCAUAUAUUAAUCAGGUCUUGACUUAUGCUCAACAAUCAAGAGAAAGAUCCAACUAUGAACAGGCAGCUCUUAACGAAAGGAUGCAAGAAUACAAAAGACAGGUUGAUCGGGAGAGUAGGUGGUCUUCCAAUGGUUCUAAUGGAUCUCCUAAUGGAGACGGGAUACAAGCCAUUGGUAGAAGUUCACAUAAAAUGAUAGAGGCCGUUAUGCAGUCUGCUGCAAAGGGAAAGGUUCAAACCAUUAGGCAAGGUUAUCUCUCAAAACGUUCCUCGAACUUGAGGGGUGACUGGAAAAGAAGGUUUUUUGUCCUUGAUAGCCGAGGAAUGCUUUAUUACUAUCGAAAACAAUGCAGUAAACCAUCUGGGUCUGGUAGCCAACUUUCUGGUCAGAGGAAUAGUUCUGAACUUGGUUCUGGACUUCUGAGUCGGUGGCUUUCUUCUCAUUAUCAUGGUGGAGUGCACGAUGAGAAAUCUGUUGCUCAUCACACAGUGAAUCUUCUUACAUCAACUAUCAAAGUUGAUGCUGACCAGUCAGAUCUGAGGUUUUGUUUCAGGAUCAUUUCACCGACAAAGAACUAUACUUUGCAGGCAGAGAGUGCACUUGAUCAAAUGGAUUGGAUUGAGAAGAUAACAGGGGUUAUUGCUUCAUUACUUAGCUCUCAGGCUCCUGAGAGGUUUCUGCCUGCUAGUCCCAUGGGAAGCCAUCGUCGUUCAGCCAGUGAGAGUAGUUCAUUUGAGAGUUCUGAUUUUGAUCACACUGGAGUCGAAGAACUUGCAUCUGAGAGGAGUCUUCCUACUGCACAUUCUGACCGCCCAUUGAGAAGCUCACAACAGCAACGGUCUUCUUUAAAAAGUGAAAAGACAAUCGACAUGCUACGACGAGUAUGUGGGAAUGAUAAGUGUGCUGAUUGUGGUGCCCCAGAGCCAGAUUGGGCAUCAUUAAAUCUUGGUGUUCUCGUUUGCAUAGAAUGUUCUGGUGUUCAUCGUAAUCUUGGUGUACAUAUCUCAAAGGUAAGGUCUCUUACACUGGAUGUCAAAGCGUGGGAGCCUUCUGUUAUAAAUUUGUUUCAGUCUUUGGGUAAUGCCUUUGCCAACUCGGUCUGGGAGGAACUUUUGCAAUCAAGAAAUGCUUUUCAGGUUGAUCUUAUAUCCACAGGGUCAUACAAGUCUGAUAAAAAACAGCUAGUUUUUAUCAGCAAACCCACUCAGAGUGAUUCUAUACCAGUAAAGGAGAAAUUCAUUCAUGCAAAGUAUGCAGAAAAGCUUUUUGUUCGGAAGCCAAAAGAUGCACAAUAUACUCAUUUGAUAGCACAACAGAUUUGGGAGGGUGUUCGUGCUAAUGACAAGAAAGCUGUAUAUCGUCACAUCGUUAAUUCUGAACCAGAUUUGAAUGCGGUGUAUGAGCAAGCAUCAUGUGCCUCUUCAUUAACCCUUGCCAAAGUAAUGCUGAUGCAUGAGCAGACUAGCCAUGACCAAACCUCUAGCUGCUUAGCUGGGGAUUCAUUGGACAGGUCGUCUCCUAGCUCUUCAAACUUGAGUGGUACAAGUGAAGGCCAUGCUGUGGAAGAUCUAGAUGGGUGCACUCUUCUUCACCUUGCUUGUGAAACUGCAGACAUUGGAAUGCUUGAACUCCUCUUACAGUAUGGAGCAAAUGUGAAUGCGACUGAUUCAAGAGGUCAAACACCACUUGACCGUUGUAUUCUCAGAGGCAGAAACACAUUCGCAAAGUUGCUUCUUUCAAGGGGAGCUGAUCCACGAGCAUUAAAUGGGGAUGGUAAAACGCCCCUUGAGCUGGCAGUCGAGUCAAACUUUGAUGAUGGUGAGGUCCUUGCUAUAUUAUCAGAAUCCAAUGGAUGACACUAUCGAAUUAGCAACCAUCCGAAGAAAACGGCAUGGAUGCUGGAUAAUUUUCGUUAAAAGAAACAAAAGGUAUCGCAUUUGUAUAAUUAUAGUUCAUAAAUUUGAAAGCUUGUUCUCCUUUGAAUGAAAUGGCACAAAGUGUUUUGUGGGUUUCAAGAGUGGUAGAAUGGCGUGCCUGCCCCAUGGGGGCACCGUUGCAAAAUGUCUUCCAGGGUUGUAAUUUAAAAUGGCUCCCGUGGUCUGAGCUGAAAGGCAUCUGGUAGCUUUCAGCCAAGGGCUCUGUAAUGUGUUGUCUUUUGUUUAUUCAGUUUUCUGCUUCCUUUUGGGUGAAGCUGUGAGGAUUUAGUUUAGGCCAUUGUGUAUUUGUACAUUGAUUUCUUUUAGUGAAGCUUUUGGUUGUUGUAAC